AUGUAUAACGGGAUUGGUCUGCGCACGGUGCGCGGCUCGGGCACGAAUGGCUACGUACAACGUAACCUCAGCCAUGUGAACGCAUCGCGCACACGGCAGACGCUGGUACUUAAUAAAGGUGGAGGGACAUUAGGGGAAUUCGGUGCUCACGGAGGCGGCAAGAGUCGACCACCGCCGAAUGCGGACAUUUUGCUGCACGAAAAGAAGCAUAGGGUGGAGCUGCAGCUACUUGAAUUGUCUCUGGAGAUGGAGGAGCGUAAGUGCGACCCCGAGGAUAUCCAGAACAAGGUCAAGCGAGAACGCGAGCGGCUCUUGGCGCGACUAAAUGGCGAAGACAGAGAUCGAGGGGCCGCGGAGGACGUUCAAAGCUCGCACGCUCGACAGAAACGUAAAGAAGAAGAAAAUGAGAGGAUCAAGAAAGCGUUUGGCAUAGCCUCGGACUACGUGGCAGGUGAGAGCUUUGAUUCUGAGAGGAUGGAGAUGCGUCGUCAAGAGAGGAAGGAGCGAAGUGAGCAGGAGUGGAAAGAGAGAGAGGAAGGCCGAAAGUUACGCCUGAAAGAGAGGAAAGAGAAGGAUAUCAAGAUGGAGUCAAGACUCGAACGGUUUCGCUCAGGAUCAAGGUCGCGAGCGGCGCCUUGUUUCCAUCGGUCAAAGUCUCCCGCAGACCGUCGCGGUCGUGAUGGCGAUACAUCACGUAAGUCCUUCUCGCACCUUUCGGUGUCGGGACGGCGUUCCCGUCGAUCACCGGCACUUGGGCGGAAGCGCUUCUCGGUGUCCCCGUCGAGAUCUAGGUCCUCACGCAGCAGUGGCUCCAAGAGCUCUUGUUCUCGCUUGCGUAGCCGAAAGCUGCAAAAGGAAACACGCCAUGGAAAGGAACCUUUAGCUACAGUAAAGGUUAAGCGUUCGCCGCUUGAUCAUGCUCGCAGUUCAGACUCGAUGUCAAGCUUUGAUUCCGAAUCGAGCCGUGGUCGACGGCGGUACACUGGGAAAAGAACAAAGGUCGUUGGAAUUAAAACGGAUUUGGUUGUAAACGUGACACCGGUACAAUCGGCUGUUCUGAAGGGUGAGCAGAAGGUGUUGAAUUUAUCGGGACACUCCACGUCCAUCGGCGCGGUGGCCAUCGAUGAUUUGCCAAUUGAAGUAGACACAAAAUAUGUGUCAAAGAAGAGAGCUUUGUCGCCAGCGAAGACGUCUGGUGCUAAGGAAGCUACUUCUGUUGUGGUAAGGCAAGAGGAGAAGCGCAAGGCGCAUCUUGAGAAGAGGGUAGCAAAGGCACGAACGGACUCUCCCAUCAAACCUCAUUCUGAUCAAGCACUAAAGGAGGAAGAUAACAAGGCUCUGCGCUCUCCUCGUCGGUCGCGCGUCUCUCAGACGGACCAGCCGAUGCAAUCUCGCCAACGCAGGGAGCGUAAUGUAUCACCGCAUGAUCGAUGUCGUCGCGGGCGAAGCACGAGUACAGCUUCGUUCAAAACGUCUCGCAGCCCACGUCGUCGAAGAAUGCGCUCGCGGUCUCAGUCACGAUCACAUUCGGUGUCGUCACAGAGAUCCUGGUCGCACUCGUCAGCUUCAUCGCGCUCUAGCUCGCGCUCUCGUUCAAAAUCCCGUGUUCGCCGACGCGGUAGUUCUCGGGGAAGCAGUCGCACUCCGAGUCGUAGCCGUAGUCGUAGUUUUGGCCGGGGCAAACUUAGACGCCGUCGCUAA